AUGGCAGAUCCUAUUGAUGGCGAGACGGUUCUGCCAGAGAGCGGCAAAGUUGAGAAGGUGUGUAAAGAAUGGUUGGUACAUGAAGAUGGAGCCAUGGCGUAUAAACUGCAGAAUGAGGAAAAUGAUCGUCACUAUGGUUUGAACCGUUUCCAGCGCCGGACUGUACGUGGUGAUAUUCCGGUUGCCAAACUGGUCCAAACUGAAGAAGAGAAGAGGCUCCAAGAAGAACAACUCAGAAAACUGGAACGACUCAAAGAACAAGCUGAAAAUGAUGCCAUGAUAGCUAAGCAAGUACAAGAACAGGAGAAACAGAAAGCUUGGCAGAAAAAUACCACAGAAUUAGAUGAUGAGGCCAUAGCUCGACUGAUGCAAGAGAAAGAGAAGAAGAAAUAUGAGAGAUAUCUAGAGAAGAAGAAAGAGAAGGAAUUAAAGAAAAAGAGAGAGAGAUUAGAGAAAGAACUAGCUGAACAAUCAGAACAGGCCAGAGUUGGACAGAGUCGAGAUACUGAUGAAUUAGGGUCUGAUAGACUACAUGGUAGUGUUGAUAGAUUGAGUGUAGAAGAUACAGCUAGUUCUGGACUCAAUGGUCAUACAAGGGUGCGACCUGGUGGACAGAUAGAAGAUGACGGGGAUUUCAGUGAUUUCUAUGCGCUGCCCCCUGGUGAUAAUACUGAUCCAAUGAGAAGACAAAUGCAAGAGACACAAGAUGAGGAACUGGCCAGAUUACUACAAGAACAAGAACAUAAGAGAACGAAGGCAGAAGUUGAUAAGAAUAAAUUAAAAGCUAUCGAGAUUCAAGAUGAAGAAUUAGCUAGAGUUAUACAUGAACAGGAAAAAUUAAAACUUCGUAAAGCUAAACAGAAACGUCAACAAAAACUAGAACAGCAAUCCACAGAGGAACCAGUGAGAAGACCUACAGACCGUUCCCUGCCCAGUCCUGAUUCACCCCCAGACCAGCCCCCACCCUAUCAACAUCGGUACCGCCGUAAUAGUUAUACACGAUCAAUAACCAAUAACCCUGGUCCAGUACAGGACUCUCCGGUAGUUGAUAAUUAUAACUCUGCUAACCAGAUGUCUGAUGAGGAACAGUGGUUCAAUCAACCAGACGACAGUGCCGAUCUUACCAGUGCUAGAGAGUUAUCUCAACGAGCAAACACAGCGAAAUCUCAAGAUCAGAAUUCUCAUCGAUUUAUCCCCCGUGGGGAAAAUGUCGUUCCGAAAUCACAGCAACCUUCCUUGCCACCACGACCACAAGAAUCGAGGCAUAAUACUGUUCGUGUGCCAGCCAUCACUGAUCAGUUGCCUUCGUCAGAAGUUCCGUCGGUUGAAAGAUGGUUAGCAGAUACUAUAACUAACAGACAACCAUCUAAUCGUGGCCAUGCCUUACCCCCCUCCCCCUCUCCACCUGGUAGUUAUCAUAGUGAGGAAGAAUCUCCACAGAGUUUAGAAUAUCACGGCCGGACAAACAAGUGUAAUAAGAACAACAGCAGUCAGUCUUUUAAUAUAGCAGCUGCUAUCGACCCUACUUAUAAACGUAGACAACAUGAGAUAGAUGAUACACCUAGCGAUCAAACACAGCAGAAAGCUCUUGGUUUUACACGAUCAUUACCAAUAGAAGAUACAGAAGUGGAAUGGGACCCUGCAGGAUUACGGGGGAGUUUACGCAGACCAAAAGGCCAAUGGAAUCCUUCAGUUACCAACUAUCAGGAAUCUAGUACUUUAAGUUCCAUAAGGUCAGAAUUAGACUCAUCACCAGAUGGCGCUCCAGUAAUGAACCAAUGGCAACCAGUACAAGGUCAACGAAGGUCAACAUUAGAUAAUCGACGUAAAGUUUCCAAGCCACCUCCCAACAGUGCAAGUAAUAAAAGCGGAAAAGGUGGAAGUUGUAAACAACAGUAAAUAUUGUCUCAAGUGCUUCACUCUUUUGAUUAGGAGAAAUUAUGCAAAUUUAUGCAAAUUUAUUCACUGCAUAUAGACUUGAUAUUAUGUAAAGGAUCAUUCGAGUUUUCGAGCAAGUCUCCACACUAAAAUACUCAUUCACCAAAUAGAUUGUCUGCCAGUUCUAAUAUAGUUUAGUUUUAGUUAAUUUUU